AUGGCCGACAAACUUCGCGCCCAGCAACAGCUCGAGCAGCUUCAGCAGCGCUAUGUUGGAACAGGCCACGCUGAUACAACAAGAUUUGAAUGGACGAGCAACAUCCAGAGAGAUUCGUAUGCAUCAUACGUGGGACAUCCGCCAUUGUUGAGUUAUAUGGCCAUUGGAUUUGGAAGCCCAAGGGAGAUUGUUAGGAAAAAUAUGAUUGAGAAAAUGAUCCAACCGGUUGGAAAGCCACCCGAGGUACAGGAUUAG